ACCACUUCCGCCUAUAAAUACCGUCCAUGUUUAUUUCCUGUCGAUUUAGUGCGGUAUAGUUCGUUGACGUAUAAUAACCUAAAGACAAAACCAAAAGCAUGGUCAGUAGAGGGGCAGUGAUCGUGGUACUGUUGGUGGGAGUGGUGGCGUUGAGUGUGGCAGAGACGGCCAAUACUGCAGUGGGAUCACCACGGAUAGAGCAAACGACGGAUCGCGAGCAAAGUCGCCAACAAGUUGUCCAAGGAACCAGAUGGUGGCCAUACGGAUGGGGCUGGGGUUGGGGUUGGGGCAUAGCAGUGUUUGUAUUGGCGAUCGUCAAGGGAUCCAUUCUGUUAGGUUUGUUCGUGAUCUGGGCCUUCUUCAGAGGCUUUGGUAGGAAAUCAGGAGGCUGCGCACCGAUUAUCAUCCGUGAAUCGUCACCACCAAUUAGCUUCGAACAUCACCACCCAUGGGAUCGUAACGCAGUCGAAUAUGGCAGAUCGAAACGCUCUCCAGACUAUCUCGACUCGGAACUGUACUGGACCGACUUGGUGACGGACAUUGGAUUCAGUUUUCUGGGAGUUCACACAAAUGAUUGCCGCAAACGGUUCGUUUGUGAGGUUGAUAUACGAGAGAGGCGUGAUCCGUGGUUGAAGUUCGGAACAUCGGUCUUUGGAAUGGAUAUCUUCAGACGAUACCGAUCAGAAGAUGAUAAAAAUGCCACCACGUUUGAGGAAUGUGCAAAAAUGUACGAAAAAUGCACGCUCGAUGGGCCUUCGAUAUCUUUCAACGUUCUGACUAAGCCAAUCAACUUGCUACAAGAUCUGCACGGUAAUGUUGAGAACCAGGAUAAUCAACCUUCCAACAAUGAAGUGACCACCCAAGAGGCAGAUGAAUAUCUGGACGAAAUAACAGAAGAAGCUACAACUACCACAACAGGGCCUCCGAAAAAGAAGAGCUACAAUAAACGAAAACGGUUUUUUAAAGUUGCCUAAUCAGUCAUUUCUCGCUAAGGAGAACUUAGGGCAGCUAAGACUGAUUUGAACAGCAUUGUUUGUAAAUAGAGUGUAAUUGUGUAAACCAGUGUGUACGUUCCGGUAGUUUUUGCCGUAAACUACUGGAGUGUUCUUCAGUGUUCAUGUUUAUUUAUUUGCAAAAACGUGUAUCGUUCUCCGAAGGAAUGAUAUUGCUUCUGAAUACCUUGUGAAUAUUAAAUAUGUACAAAAUAUGCAGAUGAUCUAGUUGUAUAUAAUAAUGGAUUAAUACAUGUUCUUAUUUAUUGAAUUUUUAAUAAACUCGCUACGACCUUGAUGUAAUUUGGUUAUUUGUCUUGUAGAUAGGUAAUAUAGAUUUGCAAUUUGCUUUCAAAAAGUCAAACCCGAAAAUCCCUCUGUUUUACAUCUUAACCUUUGAAAGGGCUUUUGACGACCCAUUUAGAUAUUCAAAUUCCAGAAUUUUGAAUGGAAUAAUGAUGAAUUUGUGGAUAUUUUUAGUUCUGUGUUAAACUGAAAUGUUGAGUGAUUCAUA